CUGACCCAGGCGGCGCAGGCAGAGCCCAGAAGCCGGGACCCGCGGCGGAACUUGACACGGACUUCCAGGGGGAGGACACUCCUAAGGGAAAAGACCACAUGUGCAGAAGCCUGGAGGCCUGCUGCUUCCCUGGGAAGCUAUCACGGGAAGCAUCUCCCUGACUCAUCUUGGGAUCCGUCCUCCCCACGUCCUGCAGCAGCCAUGGUCUGGAAGAAACUGGGCCCCGGCAACUUCUCCGACUGCCCCAAUGGCUCCCGCCGGUGGAUAUGGGACGUGUUCGGCGAAUGCGCCCAGGACGGCUGGGAUGAGGCCAGUGUGGGCCUGGGCUUGAUCUCGAUUGUCUGUUUUGCAGCAUCCACCUUCCCCCAGUACAUCAAAGCCUGCAGGACGGGCAACAUGGACCAGGCACUGUCUCUGUGGUUCCUUUUGGGCUGGAUUGGAGGGGAUUCCUGCAACCUCAUCGGCUCCUUCCUCGCUGACCAGCUGCCCCUGCAGACCUACACGGCGGUGUACUACGUGCUGGCGGACCUGGUGAUGCUGUCCCUCUACUUUCACUACAAGUUUAAGAAGCGUCCCUCUCUGCUGUCUACCCCCAUCAAUUCUGCGCUGCUGUUCAUCUUGGGGAUGGCGUGUGCUGCCCCACUGCUGAGGACCACAGGCCCUGUGGCCGCCCGGAGGGAGGUCUUCCAGGGUCGGACGCUCCUGUCAGUGGAGCCGGGCAGUAAGCCCUUCACUCAGCAGGAGAUCAUCGGCUUCGUCAUCGGCUCAGUCUCCAGCGUGCUCUACCUGCUUUCCCGGCUGCCUCAGAUCCGCACCAACUUCCUGAGGAAGUCCACGCAGGGUGUCUCCUACUCGCUGUUCGCCUUGGUGAUGCUGGGGAACACGCUGUACGGGCUGAGUGUGCUGCUCAAAAACCCGGAGGUGGGCGAGAGUGAGGGCAGCUAUGUGCUGCAUCACCUGCCCUGGCUCGUGGGCAGCUUGGGCGUGCUGCUGCUCGACACUGUUAUCUCCAUACAGUUCCUGAUAUACAGGGACACGGCCACCUCCUCGGAGCGCCAGCCCCUCCUCCCCAGUUGACCCGGACCCAGGCCAAGCCCAGGACAACGGGGAUCUCCAGACGCUGCUCCCAAGAAGGGACAAGUGCGGGCAGACAUGGUGCUGCUGACCCUGGAGUGGGCCGUGCAGGCAGCCGGGGGUGCCUUAAGGGCCCGGCCCAGGCACCUCCCCCACCUCCGGAACCUGCUGGGUGACUCUUCCAGGAACCCUGACUGAUGGACUCUUCAGGGGGCAGGGAGUGGGGAACGAGGGCGGUGCCGGGGCUCGUCCCCCCCGAGACACACCCCUAGAAUCUGAGACUGCUGUCCCUGGGAGCCCCCACGGGGGCUGCAGCUGAGACCUCGGCUCCUCCAAAGGCAGUGGGCGCCCCCCGACUCCCCUCCUUCCGUCUGCCCACGCACACACACACACACACACACACACACCCCUGGAGCGGGUGUGGUUGUCGCCAGUGUCCCCGGGACUGUCGUGUUGACCGCAGACAGCGCAGUAAACGGCCCCUCCCAGCGAGGCAUCUUUCUGGUGCUCCUUCCCCGAGGUGCUGCGGUCUGGGCUGCGCUGGGCAGCCGCGGUGCACAGGGAUCCGGGCCCCAGCUUCCAGGUCCCAGGUGGGGGUCUAGAGGCUGAGAUAUGGCAGAGCCAAACAGGAGCAGACUGUCCCGCCUCCAGGGGACCUCGGGUUCCGGGACCUGGUUCUCUUUAACAGAAUCCACACCCGUGGCUGAGGAUCCAGCAGCGAGAAUGACGGGGUCCCAGCCCCUCAGUGCUCAGGAAGCAGCAGGGGAAAAAAAAAAAAGUUAAGGUUCAGAUCUUG